AUGACUCGCCUCGCCGUCCUCCUUUGCGGCCGCCUUGCCCCUGCUCCCCUCUCUCCCUCGCCGAGAUCCAGUGGCGCAUCAGAACAAGACCUCGCCAACAUCCUGCGCACCUACAACCAGCCGACCGACCCCUCCCACAUCUACGACUCGGUCUACACCUGCUUCAAGCAAAACAGCGUAGGCUGGGUGUCGUGGUGCGGCGGGCCGUAUACCUGCGAGCCGAUCACGGGUUGGCCGCAGGCGCGGUGCAAGUGA